AUACUUGGUCAUUCCAAGAAGAGCUCCAGUGUAGGUGGGGGAGCAGCAUAGAAAAGUUGGCGUAAAGACUUCAGUGGUGUGAUUUUAACCGUCCAGUUUGGGUUUGCCCUCGUUUGUCGUGUCUUAACUGCGAAUUCGACGCACAGGGACAGGGCACAUUUUUGCGGAGGAGCUAACAGUCUGCGCAUUGCUGAAGUUCAGAGACUGUCGAGAUGUUUCAAAUAAAGAGGAUCUGUUGCAUCGGUGCGGGGUAUGUAGGAGGCCCAACUUGCAGCGUCAUUGCCCAUAUGUGCCCUGAGAUCACAGUGACUGUUGUGGACGUCAAUGAGUCCCGAAUCAAAGCCUGGAAUUCUGACACUCUGCCCAUUUAUGAGCCCGGACUGAAAGAGGUGGUUGAAUCAUGCCGAGGGAGAAACUUGUUUUUUUCCACAGACAUAGACUCAGCCAUCAGAGACGCCGACCUGGUCUUUAUCUCAGUAAACACCCCAACAAAGACAUAUGGGAUGGGGAAAGGUCGUGCAGCUGACCUGAAGUUCAUCGAGGCGUGUGCUCGGCGGAUUGUAGAGGUAUCUGACGGCUACAAGAUUGUCACAGAAAAGAGCACGGUCCCGGUGCGCGCCGCCGAGAGCAUUAGACGGAUAUUUGACGCAAACACCAAACCCAGCCUCAAUCUGCAAGUGCUGUCCAACCCUGAGUUCCUGGCAGAAGGAACAGCGGUGCGGGAUCUGAAGGAGCCAGACCGCGUCCUGAUUGGUGGAGAUGAGACGGCUGAAGGUCAAAAGGCAAUCAGAGCGCUGUGUGCUGUAUAUGAAUGCUGGGUCCCCAAGGCGCGAAUCAUCACCACCAACACAUGGUCAUCUGAGCUGUCCAAGCUGGCAGCCAAUGCAUUCCUGGCACAGCGAAUCAGCAGCAUCAACAGCAUCAGUGCUCUGUGCGAGGCCACCGGAGCCGACGUGGAGGAGGUGGCCAAGGCGAUUGGUAUGGACCAGAGAAUAGGCAACAAGUUCCUUAAAGCCAGCGUAGGUUUCGGAGGGAGCUGUUUCCAGAAGGAUGUGUUGAACCUGGUGUAUCUGUGCGAGGCCCUCAACCUGCCUGAGGUGGCUUCCUAUUGGCAGCAGGUGAUUGACAUGAAUGAGUACCAAAGACGGCGGUUUGCCUGCAGGAUCAUUGAUUGUCUCUUCAACACUGUCACUGGCAAAAAGAUUGCUCUGCUGGGCUUUUCCUUCAAAAAGGACACUGGUGACACGAGGGAGUCAUCCAGUAUCUACAUUUCUAAGUAUCUGAUGGAUGAGGGAGCCAAGCUAUUCAUCUAUGACCCCAAAGUUCUUAAAGAGCAAAUCAUCCACGACCUCUCCCAGCCCAGCAUCUCCGAGGACAACCCAGAGAGAGUAUCUGAGUUGGUGACUGUGACAUCAGACCCUUAUGAGGCUUGCCAGAGUGCUCAUGCAUUGGUCAUCUGUACAGAGUGGGACAUGUUUAAGGAACUGGACUAUGAUAAGAUUUACAUGAAUAUGCUGAAGCCGGCCUUCAUAUUUGAUGGUCGCAGAGUGCUGGACCACCUUCACUCUCAUCUCCAGGGCCUUGGCUUCCAGAUUGAGACCAUCGGUAAGAAAGUGACGCCAGCACGAAUCCCCUACACCCCAGCAGCCGCUGGUCCUCGCAUCACUGCCGGUGAAGCGCCCACCAGCAAAGCAAAAGUCUGAAACUCAUUUCUCCAUCCCUCGACAUGCAACACAUUUUUCUUUUUGGUUCAGUGUUUUAUUUGGGUUCCAGCCCUCUUUUGUUGGUGCACACCUGAUGAACAGUGUGUGGGGGUUGGAUGAGAGGAGUGUUAAUGUCCUUUUCUUAAUGAAACCAUUCCAUAAACAGUUAAUUUUAUACAUUUAUAUGUAAGAUAUGCUGUUGCCUGCUUGUUGGACUGAUUUUAAAUGAACACUAUCAGCCUAAGUCUUAUAUUUACUGUAAAAUCAAGUAAUGUUCUAAAUCACAAUUUUAUACUGUAUUUUUUUAUAAAUCUACUGUAUGUCAGUCAGUCUGUCUUCAGUAUUUGUGGCUGUUUACUCAGAAGGGCCAAUGCAAUAAAUCAAGUAAAUUCA